CUUCUUUUGGCGGAGGCAGAGAUGGUAGCCUCGUCGUCGGUCGAGACCGUCCCCGGAAGCAUCGAGACGGGCGACGCUGCGUACGUGUACAAGGGACACCUUGUGCUCUCGUUCGACGAUGAGACUGCGCCGUCGCAUGGCAGCGUGUGCUGCUGGCUGCGCCGGUCGGGCGCGCUCACAUGGGCGGCGCCCGGGCAGGACGUCCGCGUCCUCGACUGCCAGCUCGCGUUCGCCGACGACAAGGACUUUCUCAACGAGCGCUUCUUCCUCUCGACGCCAUCCGGGCAGCUCGUGACGGCCACGACCAAGUCCGCGGCCGACCGCGACGCGUGGCUUCUCGCGCUCCAGCUCGUCCUCGAGAAGCGCGCGACGCCGAGUCCAGCAAUCGUCGAGACAUCGCUGUCGCAGCGCACAGCCAGCGCCGAUGCGAUCCUCGCACGCUUCCGCGACUGGCACAACCUACUCGCACUGCAGGCGAACGACCCGUUGGGACUCUUCAAGGAGACGCGCCAUUGGAGCCGGCUCGGGGCCAAGGACAAGGCUGCGUACUACGACUUGCAGGCGUACAUGGAUGGCGGUGCCAUCGACGUCUGCAGCCUCGUCGCGGGGCUCUACACGUACUCGACGUCGCCGUUCCUCUUUGUCUCGACGCUCGCGCAACUGGCGGUCGUCGCCGAGUCGGACGUGGCGCAUCUCGGGAUGUACUGGCCGCAGAUUCUGCACUGGGGCUUUGCCCACCUCGCGUCGUGCCAGUCGAUGGCCAUGCAGCUCUUCUACGUGCUCUUCCUCGCCAGUGUCGGGCGCCGAUCCACGGUACUGGCGCUUCGGACGCAUUGGGACGCAGUCGCCGCGCGCACGGACGGCGCCAAGGCUCACGACGACGACGCCAGCUUUGGAGCGUCGCUCAUGCAGUUUUACGGUGUGUACGUGGGGCUAAAUGCGACGGCGUCGACGACCGAGAUGGCGAGUCUCGUGCUUGGGCCGACGACGUCCGACCACGACGCGAUGCAGCUGCUCGACCAGUUGCUGCAUACGACGCAGGCGCUGCGAUUGCACUCUCGGUCCAGUUCCGUCUUUGGCGCGUGGCUCGGAGCUCUGACACUUUCCGAUGUUGCUGCCGUGGCGACCCACCUCGACGCCAACCGGUUCCUGCCACCCUUUCCCGAUGCAUCGAGCCCGAUAGCGUCCGAGCCGGUGCCGGAUCUCCGCCGCAUGCUCGUUCUGCCGGGCGACGACGACGAGGCGUUUUUUGCCGACCUCGACGACGUCCUCGCCGAGAUGCCACCCGAGAAUGACGCGGCUGAUGCAUUGGACGUGUUUAGCGACACGGUGCACCUCGUCCAGUCGCUCGUCGUCGCGUCGCAAAACUUCAAGCGCCAGUUCAAUUCCGGCAAAGACCGGAAGGCGCAUCUCCCACACGUGCUUUCGCGGCUGAGCCUGCCGCUCUCCGUGCACGACGACACGCAGAAGCGCGUCCGAAGCAUCGUGCCCACGGAAGGCACCGUGUUCUCGACGAAAGCCCGGGCGCCGACAAUGGUCUUCUUUGAGACGAUCGCGGUCUCCGAGACAACGACGGCGCGUCAUCGAUCCGACCCGGUGAAUGACGCAGCGCCGACAUCGUACCUCCUGGAUGCAUUUCUGGACGCGGACCUCGGGCGCGACCGUCGAUUGUCGGUCGCCGGUCGCAGCCACAGCCGAAGCACGCCCCGUCCGAGUGAAGACUGCAUUGGCGUUGAUCGGUCGUUUGUGUCGGACUGUCCGGUCGCCCUCAAGCUCCUAGAAGGCGAGGAUGACAACGAUAGCAGCUGCAACAACAGCAAGACGAUGAUGGUGGUGGUGGCAGAGGCCAACCCAGCCGCGACAGAGUCGUUUCAGGAGAAGCGCACGCGGCUCCAAGCGCAGAGCCUCCACCGCUCGGAACUGGGGUGGGACCUUGUGCCGGUCAUUGCCAAGAGCUUUGACGACAUGCGUCAAGAAGUGUUUAUCAUGCAGCUUUUGCACAUCUUUCUCGAGUGCUUUCGCGAGACGGAGCUCUUGCUGCGCCCGUACACCAUUCUCUGCUGCGGCGACGACUGCGGGCUCAUGCAAGUCUUGCUGGACGCCGACUCGGUCUCGGACGUCAAGAAGCGUCAUCCAGGAGUGUCUCUCGACGCCAUCUUUGCGGCGCGGUACCCGACCCGCGAGCGGCUGGCGGUGGCCCGAGAUAACUUUAUUCGGUCCAUGGCCGCGUACAGUCUCUUUUGCUACAUUCUACAAAUCAAGGAUCGCCACAACGGCAACGUCAUGCUGCACGUGGACGGCACAAUUCUGCACAUUGAUUUCGGCUUUGCGUUUGGAAUUGCUCCGGGCGGUCGUUUUAGCUUUGAGCGAGCGCCGUUCAAGCUCACGGAAGAAAUGGUGCUCACCAUGGGCGGCAAGGAAAGCCCGGGCUACCAGCGUUUUCUGCGGCUCCUCGGCGACGGUCUUUUGGCCCUCCAGCACCACGCGUCUCGCAUCUUGGCGCUUGUGAGCAUGACAGCCCGAAAGUCGCCGUUUCCGUGCUUUGUGGGGCAAAACGUCCUGCUGCUCCUCCGCCGGCUACAAGAUCGCCUCUGUGUGGGCGCGUCCGAUAGCGAUGUUCGGCUCCACGCUCAGCGACUGGCCGACCAGAGCUGCAACAGUCUGCGCACCCGUCUGUACGACCGGUACCAGUACCACUCGAACGGGUAUGUUAGUUGAUUUCUUUAUGAAUAUAUGUAUAUUUACCGAUGGACA